AUGAGAGAGAGUAGCCAUAGACCUCUCAUAUUUGGUACCCCUUUCCUGUCUAUUGUGGGCGCCAUAUUUGAUUUCCCAAAUCAAAGAAUCUCUUUCAACAAGUUGAACAAGGGUAUGUUCUUCCCUAUGUGUUCAACAAGAAACUCUUUUGUUGACAUGGUUCAAGAGGAGAAAGUUACUUUGAAGCCACCCAAGAAGGAGAAACUGAAAACAUUCAAGGAAGAUCCCAUUCCUAUGCCCAAGCAGCUUGCCACUCAAGCAAGGAGUAAGACUAAGGCCCUACACCAAAACCGCCCAAGGGAUCAUCCAAGAUUGAAAAUGAGGCCAAACCUAGAAGGAAGGUGCGAAAGCCUCGUUCUGGUGAAGGAGCAACAUGAAGCGAAUGAAUCUCAAGCAUAUCAAUGCAAUAGAAGGGAUGAGUGA